CAUGCUGCAGGUUUGCACUGGCAAGAGGGGCAAAACACCCAAAUUAAUACGAUAGAAUAACACUCUGUUUUGCAUACUGAUUUCAGGCACGUCACUUGUGGUUCAACUAAAUUCUUCAAAAGCCGAACAACAGACUGUUACCAGACAGUUCUCUAAAGCAGCGAUAAGGAAGCGACCAACAAGCAUUUUGAAUUCAAGCGCCUGAUUGACAUCUCACUCACACUAGCAGAGAACGACAGUAAAUGCCAAUUAUAGGUGACUUGGUGACUUCAACAAUGGCUUCAGAGGUGUAUGACUAUGACACCAGCUUCACCCCCACGGCUGGUGAGGACGAUCUGGAAGACUUUAUGUGCGACAAAUCUCCCGUCAGGGCAUUCCGAGGCCAGUACGAACCGCCUCUCUACUGGACCAUCAUCAUCCUGGGCGGCCUGGGCAACCUGACCGUGGUUUGGAUCUACCUGCACUUCCGCCAGCGUCUCAAGACCAUGACCGAUGUCUACCUGUUGAACCUAGCUGUGGCUGACCUCUUCUUCCUGGGCACUCUGCCCCUCUGGGCCGUGGAGGCCACCCAGGGAUGGAACUUCAGCUCGGGUCUCUGCAAGGUCACCUCGGCCCUCUACAAGAUCAACUUCUUCAGCAGCAUGCUGCUGCUCACCUGCAUCAGCGUUGAUCGCUACGUGGUCAUCGUCCAGACCACCAUGGCCCAGAACUCCAAGAGACAGCGCCUGAGCUGCAGCAAGUUGGUGUGCGCCUGCGUCUGGCUACUGGCCGUGGCUUUGGCCCUGCCUGAGUUCAUGUUCGCCAACGUCAAGAAGCUGGAGGGCCGGGGCUACUGCACCAUGGUCUACUGGAGUAACCAGGACAACCGCACCAAGAUCAUGGUCCUGGGGCUUCAGAUCUGCAUGGGCUUCUGCCUGCCCCUGCUGGUCAUGGUGUUCUGCUACGCCGGCAUCAUCCGCACCCUGCUCAAAACCCGCAGCUUCCAGAAACACAAGGCGUUGCGCGUGAUCCUGGUGGUGGUGGCUGUGUUUGUCCUCUCCCAGUUGCCGUACAACAGCGUGCUGGUGAUGGAGGCCACCCAGGCGGCCAACAGCACUGAGACAGACUGCAGUGCGGCAAAGCGGUUCAAUGUGGUCGGCCAGGUGCUGAAGAGCCUGGCCUACACGCACGCCUGCCUCAAUCCCUUCCUGUAUGUGUUUGUGGGCGUACGCUUUCGCAGAGACAUCCUCAAGCUUCUCCGCAUCUACCACUGCUGGCCGGCCAAGGGGAAACUCCGCAAGAUCCAGGGAGGCCCCGGGCGCUCCUCAGUUAUGUCCGACACGGACACCACACAAGCACUCUCGCUUUGAAGGCACGGUCAUAGUACAACCUUUCACUUGCGACCAGAAGUCCCUCAUAAUAAUUGAGGUCUGUACAAACUUGUUUGCAUACAUGCUCUCUAUUUCAUGAUGCAGAGGUUGUAAUGUCCCCCCCCCCCCCCGGUUGCCCACUCUUGCAUUAGACUUUUAUCUUCUUUGGUUAUCCGACCAUUGCUGAGGCUGAGGCAGUCACAUGGGGAAGGAAGAGGUCCCUUUCUGAGAGCUGGGGGAAAGUCGACAAAGACCUCUUGGGUACAUUGCUGGAAGCGUUGGUUAUGAUGAGACUCUUCUUUGGCUGGUCCAAAGACCUUCUCAUUUUUCCUAGUGACUUCUCAAUUUUGCUGGAUGGACAUUCACAGUCUGGUUGGGGGUUUGUGUUUCAUGAUGCCAGGGAUUGGAAAGAGCUAACCAUGACAACAUUGGUCCUGUACUGGUCUAAUGCAUUUGCAGUGGUCUAUAAUGUUCUGCCAAUUCAGGCAUGUUGUUUUUGUGUUUUUUUUGCAUUUGUUUAGAAAGCAGAGAGAUAGGAAAGAGAAGACACCUCUUUUCUUUGCAAUGAUGGAUUUUGUGACAGCAUGGGCAGCGCCAUUGUGGACUAUCUCCAUUUUAAAGUUUAUUUUCAGUUUGUAAACAAACGGAAAAGGUCCAUACCAUCCCCGACUGUGCUGGAUUGUGUAUAGUCUGAAAACGUGUAAAGCUCUGCCGCUUUUUUGGCAAGUGUACCCUCUAUCCAUCUCUAUGUUAUGGAUAUUAUUUGUAUCAAUUUCUUUGUCAGGAGCAUAUCAAUAAACUUAUAAAUUCUUUGAAAUACUUUCUAAGUAGGAAAUACCAUAUUUGUGAUGAGUAUGUUUAGCAUUCACAGUGAGAGUGAAAUUAUCAUUAAAAAAAGUUGUUUAAAAUGCCUAUGAUGUUCACAAUGACAAUUCUCAACAUAAUCAUUGUAAAUAUACCCAUGUCUUUAAAACAA